AUGUUGCGUAAGAUCGUGCGCGCUGACCUACGGGAUUUAGCCGAUCUUGACCUGGAGGGCGCACCAUAUGGCUACACUCCAUUCUGUGACUCCCGCCGCGAGAUGGAUGGAUUUCGUUUCUGGCUUCAGGGUUAUUGGGCUGGACACCUAGCUGGCCGAGCUUAUCAUAUCUCAGCUCUUUACGUCGUUGACUUAGUGCGUUUUAGACAGAUGGCUGCCGGCGACCGUCUUCGUGGCCAGUACCACGGGCUGAGUCAAGACCCCAAUAGCCUGGCUAAUCUUGAUCAAGACCUACCCAAUAACAUGAUGCACCAGGUUCCCAUAAAGUCCUUACCACAGGAGUGGUUGUGGUGUGAGACCUGGUGCUCUGACGACUCUAAGUCAAGGGCAAAGACAAUUGAUAUGUGCAAUAACCCUCUAACGAAGGAGCCUAAGUUGUCCGCAGCUAUGCGUAUCGCCGAAGAAUGGGUACCUACAGAUAAUGAGAUUAAGACCUUUAUCCAGCGCGUUCGCACACAACGCCUUCAUGUGAACGAAACAAUAGCCAAGUCGUCGGGAAAUGAGACUAAAACCGACUCUUAUGAUCAAGGCAAGUUUUAUAAUGAUAAUGUUGUAUUUAUUGCUUUUUGUGACCUUUCUGAGCUCAUCUAUGAUGCAUCCAAUUAA